AUGCAUGCUAGGCAUAGAAGUCCUGGAAAUGGAUACAGGUCUGGUUCCAUGGGGGUGGGCAUGGGUGCAUCUAGGAUAUCACCAGAUACUUCAGCUAGAGGCCAUGGUUUUUACAAUUCCGAAUACAGAAGCUUCAAUAACCGUGGCUUUGGCCGCGGUCAGGGCCACCCCAAAUCUUUUCGUCAACCUCCUCAGCCACCACCACAGAAAGGUGACAUUUUGAUGGAAGCUGGAAGGCUUGCAGCUGAGUAUUUAGUUUCCAAGGGAUUGUUACCUCAGAGUGCACUUUCUGGCAAAUGGCAGAAUGGUAGUUUUAAAAGGCAAGCUGUGGAUUAUCAGGACUUUAGGCAACAAGAAGACCUUAUGCAGGAGGGCCGAACAUCUGCCCAUUCUCGGCUAGGGAUUGGUGCUUCUGAUACUGGGUUGGGCAGGAGAAGAUACCCUGAUGACUUCAAUCCAAGGAAUCAUGUGAAAGGAAGGCGGAGAGGAGAGCAUUACCGGGGUUAUAGCUCAGAGUGGGGUAGAGAAUAUGGGAGGAGUGGGUCAUUGUCGGAUAGGAAUAGAGUGUCCCCUGAUAUGGAGGGGGAGAAUGAUACAGUUUCUGAACACUACGAAGAGCAGCAAGUUAGCAAUGAUGUUGGUGAUGGAAUGGAGAAAUCUGGUCUGAGUGGGGUGGCACCAGAAAGUGAAGAAGCUGCUGAUAUAGAAUCGGGACUGAGUAAAUACAACUACCCAGAUGAAACUGGCUCCAAGGCAAGUUCUUCUAGUGUUCUGAAAGAAGAGACUGAUGGUGAACCCUCCAAGGGCUCUCAUGAUCCAGCAAACUUAAAUCUAGGCAAUGAGGAGAUGAAGGAUAGCAACAAUGAUUAUGAAACUGAGAAACAGAUUGUUACAGAGGAUUUACUGAUCCAGCAGAGUGCUGUGGAGGGUGAUCUCUCAGGCAAGGAUGGAUCUGAUUUACUAACAUUGAGCAAGUUCGCCAAUAUGCCAACAAAAACACGCUCUGCAUUGUCAUGUAGGUCCUCCAGGGUUGAUCAAGUUCCCAAUAAUGAAGAGGAAGACACUUCUGAUAUCAGGCUUACCAAAGGAUCUGAAGAUUUAGUUCAAGCUGGUGCGGACGAUGUCUCUGCAGCUGAUGUGCUAGCAAAUGCACCUCAUGAUUCAAAUUGUCCCAACUCCGAAAUAGCUAAAGUAGCUGUUAUCCAGUCUGCCGAGGAUGUGGAUGAAGAAGGCCCUGAAUAUGGUGCUGUGCAGAGCAAAUGCAUGAGGUCUCAUUCUUUUCCAGUUAGAGCUUUUAUGCAUGACAAUGAACAAGAAUCAAGCCUGGGGCUUUCAGGUUUUGGAAGGUCCACCUCAGUUAAUGAGAGAGGUGAGAAACGGGCUGCAGAAGGUAUUGAUAUUAGCGAGGUGGCAAAGAAACCUAGAGAAUGGCUUCCAUCCUUGGUUAACACUGCUGGUGAACACUUGCUUCUCACUAAUUUAAGUGAAAAUACGAGGGGUACUAAAGCAGAGAGGACUUCACUUGAUCAACAGAUGACCAUGGCUGCUACCCACGACAGUUAUGUUACUAAUUAUCAAUUCUCGAGGACUGGUGGUGAGCCAGGUGUCAAAUAUGCACAAGAGAAGCAACUUUUUCCUAGUUCAUUUAAAAUGGUCGAUCUUAAUCUCAUGGAAACAUCUGAUAUAAAUGACACACAUCGUAGUGAUCCAGUUCUCACAUACCCAUCUAUUAUGACAACCGAAAAAGAAGCACCACAGGUUGACAUUGAUUUGUCAAUGAGUAAUUCCAACAUGUCUGGUGAAUAUCCUAGACAUACGAGUGAUGGUAAGCAGGUUGAAAUAAUUGAUUUAGAGAAUGAUUGCACCCUGGAAGACAAGGGCUUUGAUAAUUCACAAAGAAAGAUGGAGACUGCAUUUAAUGGGUCAGAAGGAUUCCCCAACCGUUCACAGAAUGCUGCUAAUGUUACUGAUGUUCAGGAUAACUACGAUGGUCUUAUGCUCUCAGAGUUUCUCACCAAUUUCUCAAAUUGUACCUCAGUACCAGAGAACAUAAAUCCGCUGCAAAACGAAAUAGGCCUUGACAAUGGAGAGGGGACUCUUGGUGAUGAUGACUCGAUUUAUAUGUCCCUGGGAGAAAUACCAUUAAGCUUCAUACCUGCCUGGGAGCAGCCAACCCCUCAGGAGUACGAGAAGCCCUUUUGA